CUGUGAUCUGAUCUGAGGUUCUGCUGCUGCUGAGCUCGAGCUAUAGCAACUAUCGUUACGGGCGGUUGGACGCUGGAUGACCAUGACUUCUCCAGCUUCCAUCCGUGGAGACGGCAACAGCCUGCUCGCCUCCCAGCUGACGGGGAGGGAGUUUGGAGGCUCACUGGACGUGGCGGACCUGGUGGCGAGACGGGACCUGGAUUUUGCAGCUGGCUCCAGCCUCAGCGUCUCUGGGUCCACCUACUACAGCGAGAGACCCACCGCUCUCCUGAGGAGCAGCGAGUCCCUUGUGUCUGUCACGAGCAGCAGCAGGCAGCCGAGCGAGCGAAGCAACAUUUCCCUCACCCCUCCCUCUCGCGUGGCACGCAACCUCUCCUACGGAAGCCACUUAGACACGGGGAGGAGACUGGUGGUGGGACUCCUGAUAGUGGUGGUGAUUGCCCUGUCGUGGGUGGGCUCUACUCAGACAGCCAAGAGCAGUCUCACGGGGAGCGCCGGGAAGAAGUUCAACUCUCCGUUCUUUGUGAUGUGGUUUGGGACGGGGUGGAUGAUGGCCGUGUACCCGCUCUCCUGUGUGGUGUUCUUCCUAGUACACAGGGAUAGAUGGAACUGGAGAGGGGUCAGGGGCUGUGGAGUCAUAGCACUCGGCUCUUCUCCCCAAAGGGGAUCACGGUUCUCUCUCUCCUCACCUCUACCGUCCCCUUCACCCUAAUCUGGGCCGCCACUAACUACAUGUACACCCGUGCACUGACGGUGAUAGAGGCGAGCGACGUCACUGCCAUCUUUUCCUCUGCCCCUGCAUUUGUCUUCCUCCUCUCCCUCGUCUUACUCCGAGAACCUCCGCUCAUAUUGAGAUUAUUUGCCGUGUUGCUGGCAGUGGGAGGGAUAGUCGUGUUUGCCUAUGAGGAUGGUUUCAAUAGCAGUGGUAGCAAAUUGGACUCUGCUACAGGUGUGGCCCUCUCUAUAGGUGCAGCAGUUGGCGCCGCUUUCUAUAAGGUGAGCAUUUACACCGAAUAACUAAACCCUUCGCAGAUUUUUGUGAACUUGAUAUAUACGCAUUCACAAAGUAUUUAGUCCAAUAAUGUAGCGUGCUGCAUUCGCCAGCCAAACACUCUUGUGAAACCUUUACGCAAACUUUUAUAAGCGAUUUUCUGAAACUAUUUUCACAAACGUUCUAAAACAGACGUCCCCAGAGGAAACUUAAGGGGUGAUGCAUACCAAUAUGCUGAAUGAGGGCUGCCACACACAACACUCUGCAAUCUAGGCAUAGUGCACCACCAAUGGAGAUACAUGGGCAGCUGAACAGGCGAGGCUCAAACAAA